GAAAAAGAAAGAAAAAGACGACGGAAUAGCAGCAGAGGGGGAGGGGGGGGUCGCCUAAUUCCAGAUACUUAUUUCUUGCCGGGUGCUUUGCGAACAGUCGGCGUUUAGCUUUGGCAGGCGUCGCGGCGAGAAAGUGCAGACAUGUCCGACAACGGCGGCUCGGCUGUCGGCCUCCUGUCUUACGAGACGCUGGUGCACGCUGUGGCGGGUGCAUUGGGGAGCGUGACGGCGAUGAGCGUCUUCUUCCCUUUGGAUACAGCGAGGAUCCGGCUGCAGGUGGAUGAGAACCGGAAGUCAAAGUCGACCCCUGUCAUCCUGGCUGAGAUCGCAAAGGAGGAGGGCCUGCUGUCUCUGUACAGAGGUUGGUUUCCAGUUAUUUCCAGCCUUUGCUGCUCCAACUUUGUCUACUUCUACACCUUCAACACUCUGAAGAGGUUGACCGUUUCUGUCUCGGGCAAGUCAAGACCUGGCAAGGACCUGCUUAUGGGGGUUAUAUCAGGGGCGGUGAACGUGAUCCUGACCACACCCAUGUGGGUGGUCAACACCCGACUGAAGCUGCAGGGGGCAAAGUUCAGAAAUGAAGACCUCCAGCAGACCCACUAUAAGGGCAUAUUUGAUGCCUUCUCCCAGAUCAUAGCCAAUGAAGGGGUGGGUGCCCUGUGGAAUGGCACUCUGCCCUCUCUGGUCCUUGUUCUCAACCCAGCUGUGCAGUUCAUGUUCUACGAGGCCAUGAAGAGAAGUGCAGGCAAAGGAGGGAGGAAGAUUUCAUCAGCAGACAUCUUUGUUAUUGGAGCCAUUGCCAAGGCCUUUGCUACCACAGCGACCUACCCCCUGCAGACGGUCCAGGCUAUCCUAAGGUUUGGUCAGUACAAAGGUGAUGGCAAGGGUGGUGUUUUCAGCAGCCUCAGGAACAUAGCCUACCUGCUGAUGGACAGAAUCAAACGGCACGGUGCACUUGGCUUAUACAAAGGCCUGGAGGCCAAGCUGCUGCAGACGGUACUGACAGCCGCUCUCAUGUUUGUGGUGUACGAAAAGAUCACUGCAGCCACCUUCAAGGUCAUGGGCCUGACCAAGAAACUGAAGCACUGAUCUCACCUU